GAUCAAUCAACAACCAUAGAUAGAUUCUAAAGAUGUCUCAAAAACAUUUGCACGAAUUUCUUCAACAUGUUCAAGAUCCAUUCCUCCUCAAAAACUACAUCGCCGAUCAUCGUUCUAACCUCAAACUCAUCAAACCUCGCUCAUAUAACUCCCCUCCGAACACCACUAUUCUUCUCCAAAUACCUUCUCAAACAGCCGCUCUUCUUCUAGAAUCAGCUUUAAGGAUAUUUCAGAAUCAACCGCCAAUAAUAUCCCCAACACCCAAAUUUCACAAUCUCCUUAGUCUGUUCAACAAUUUAUCAAUCUGUUCUAGGACAGCAUCAUCACCGGCGACGGCGGAGAAACCGCAACCUAUUCGCCGGAGAGAUGAGUUGUUUAAUGGAGCCAAAAUUGAAUUACAUAGAGAAGAAGAUAAAGAAUUACGAUCAAGUCCAGUGUCGGUAUUGGAUCUUGAUCCAUUCAAAGACAACGAAGAUGAUGAAGACAAGAACUUAACUAUACAGAGUUUGUUUUGCUGGAAUGGGGAAAAUACAAAUACAAACACAAAUACAAAUAAGCAUAAAAAGCUCUUAGAGAAGUUAAGGAGAUUCGAGGGAUUGGAUCCUCGAGAACUUGACAAGAUAGUAGUGAUAUCGAUCGAUGGUGGACAAGAAGAAGAUCGAUUCGAUGACUCGUUCGAUCUCGUAGAAGAUAUGAUGGUGGAAUUUGAAAUAGGAAGUGAAGAAGUUGAUAAAUAUGGUUGGAAUGAUCAUGUGGCCAUUGAAAUUGAGUUUUUGAUUUUUGGGGAGUUGAUACAUGAACUAGUAAAUGAUUUUUUAAUCUUUUAA